UCAGAGGGAGGGGCAGUAUGGGAAUGCUGGCAUGAUAAGCCGCAUCGGAACCAGCUGUGGAAGAAGACGACGACGAACGCGCGAGCAGUGGCACGAGAGCGCGCCUCUGUGACCACGUGACUUCUUGUAUGAUCUCCGGCCACGCCGCCGGAUUUUGCGCUUCAUGAGUCAUAUAAUGCUUUCGAAUCAAAAUUAUCGGCAUAUUCACCUUCGUCUGAUUACUCACAGCUACGUAACGAGGACUCAUGUUCAAAUUCAAUGGGACACCCUUGGCGGCACCGAUCAAGAGGAAUAAUUCGAGUGCCGCGCGGGUGCGCAGGCCUCGUCGUGGCUCAACUUCAUUCGGACUCUCGCGUCGACCGACAGCCGGGAGAAGUACUACAGGCUACUUUACGCGCGAUACAAUGCAACGCCACCCGAAUCUUACUACAUCAUGAGGGAGCUGGUCGUUGAGAGAGACGUGCUUACCAUCGUGGACGCCGCACGGUCACUUGGAACCGGCCCGAGGACUGUUGUCGCCACCAUCGCCAAGAUCGCGGACGCCGUUGCGAACACAACCUUGGAGAACUGGCUCGACCCUGUCGUCGCCGCGCCUGGCGGCAGUUUGGUGGACGCCACGACGAUGGCGGCCGUGCAAGACGUGCGCGUCCUGCAUGCCAUCCAGCGCCUCGUGAAGGUACAUACUGCGAACGCUCUGAUGCGGCACCUGUCCUGGUGGCUAGUGCAGAUUCUCACGGUGGUCGGCUGGCCCCAAGGGUACGACGUGAUUGCUGGAAGUCAAGAGGCCGCUCGGAGUGAAGUAAAGUUGGAGUGCUAUCGAAUAAUGGCCGACAGGUUCGGCCUGCUGAUGGCUUCGGAGAGCGCACUGAAGCUCUUCGACCAUAAGUCGCGGCAAGAGGUGACGGUUUUCUUCAUGGACAUUCUCACGCUGCUGGCAAGCGCUGCCGCUAAGGCGCCUUGGCUGAGCGCAGAAGCCAAAGACAGCGCCUCAAGAAUGCUGCAGGACCUCGAGGUUGUAGUGUGGCCGCCCGAGGCAGACGAAUCCAACGCUACGCUUUCGGCCUUGUACGCGGGCUUCUGCAGUACUUGCAAACAAAGUGCCGAGUCCGAAGGCAGCACAGUGGAGGCGCCAUCGUCAGCCACGAACUCAACUCGACGCCCCCUGCUCAUGGACUACUGGUGGCAGGUCAGCAAGAAAUUCUGGGAUUUGUCUCCCGAUCAGCGUGAACGCAUACAGCUGCUGUGGCAGGAUCAUCAAUUCGAGGCCCUCCGCUACGAGCCGUGGAACAACCGCCUGCGCGUGUCUCACGCGGCUCUGCGCAACCUGCUCUAUCAUCCCAAGAGCGCCGCCCGGCGCGCGGCCAACUUCGGCGGUCUCGGAUCAGCCUUCGUGCUCAGUGUGCUGCAGAUGUUCGAGCUACCGGCAGCGGACUUCGAUACCGACAUCGCUCCGGAGUCCUUGGCAGAUGUGCACGAGAUUUUUGAUCGGGCCGACUAUCUCAACUGCAGUGAAGAAUUCACGGCAAACGUGCGUGACGCCUUGGCUAUGGGAUUCGCCUGGCAGGCGCUCAAAGUGGAGGAGGAAUCCGACAAGAAGCUCCAUGGACGGCAUUCUAAACAGACAUUUAUGAUUGCCAUCAAGGACGACAAUAGUGUGGAACACUAUUACGGCGGGGACCAACUGUUCUUUUUGACGUACUGUCGAAGCAGGUGCGCUCGUACACACUGUUACGUUGCUUCUUUCUCACAGCUUAGUUUAGAAUGCGGUGUUGGUUUGCAGAAUCGGCCAAGAAUGAUCAACAUCAAUAAGAAGCAAAUCAUGACAUGCAGGUACGCGCUUAUCUGAUAUGCGCCAUUGUUUGUUUGCUUACUUUGCUUACGUGUUCUCCCUCUACCUGUUGUGCACGCGGCGUUCCAACAGUGGAAACAGGAUUUGAGCAGGCGGAGUAAAAUUGGCAAGUAGGGCAACGAUGCUGGUUGGUGAC